GCCAGGAAGCGGGGUGGCGGUGGCGGUGGUCAAAGCUCGUACUCUCUGUGCCCCCCCCUCCCCCAAGGCUCGGACAGCUCGCGCGCAAAGGAUGGAGGACGACUCGGUCCUGGCCGAUGUCAUGCGGCAGGUGAUGGAGAUGGUGGCUGGUGCUGGGCCGCGCGGCAUCCAGCUCUCAGUCUUGCCACGGCUACUUCUCACUCGGAACAUUGAGCAUUCUUCACCGGAGCUCCGUGGCAUGUUCUCGAGAGUCGGCGACAGAAUCAUGGCUCUGGCGCGGGAGAGCUCAGGCAACUACCCCAUUGCCGUCGUCAACAACUCGGUUCUGGUUGAUCCCAAGCAUUUUCACGCUGCACAGUCGCAUUACGGCAACCGUAGCGGGACCGCGCUCUCGCCGUCGGCGCUCUUUGCUCCCUCUGCUCAGAGCGAUGGUGAGAGCGAGUUGAGCUCGUCAUGUGACGACGCAAGCCUCAUCAUGUCAUGCAGCUCAGAAGGCGAGGCCGUGAACGCCGGAUCAGUGACUGCACCAUCGUCCAAGCUUCUCCUCCCCAAAGCACCGCUGCCUCGAGGACCGCCACGCAAAAAGCAGCGGACGCUCGACAUUGUCCGCGGCGCCGUUUCCAUCAAGCGCGUCAUCCGCAAGAAGCGCCGUGUCCGCAAGAAGGCGGUCGAUGGCCUGAAGGCAACAGCUUCGACCAAAGGAAGUCGAACAGAAAGCUCCGCAGCGGGUGAGAACGGCAGCGCUGUGCCUGCUCACUUAUCACGCAAACGCCGCCUGCCACAGACUGACGACCUGUUCAACAUCUUUUUGCCGGGCGAGUUUCUGUUUGUACCGCAUGCGCCUACGGUCAAGCCUGAGCCACAAGCUGCGCAGGCGCAUAGCCCGGGCCGGUCACCUGUUGCGCGGAAGAAGCGCAAAGUCAAGCCAACGCCAAAGAGGCCGGUUGCCAUCAUGUCGUCGUCAUCAGAGCGCUCUACGUCUGGCGAUGGAUCGCCAGGCUUGGGCUCGAGCUCGGACUCGAGCUCAAGCUCGUCAUCAGCUGACUUUGAGCCGCUGGCGGUGGCGCCGGUGGCCAAGGACGAAGCCAAGGACGCAUUUUUAUGGCUCGACGAUGACAAUUCGACGGUGGCGCCGGCGGGCGGCCGUUCCAUCCGAGAGGCAACCCAGCAGCGCUCGUCGCAUGGCUCAAGCAUGGUCCUCCGCAUCUACAAGCCGCACGCCCUGUUCUCAGGCUCUGUCCGCGAGAACGUGCGAGCGCGGCCCGGUGUGGCCAAACCGGAGGAGGCCAGGGAACUGGCCGACCACCUGCACUUUCUCAUGCAUCGCCACUUUGGGGCGCGGUACUGUGCUCCGCCGCAAGGAAGGCCUGCAUGCAGCGUGCCAGACGACCCGUACGACGCCACUGUGGUGCGCGGCGGGCUGUUCCUGCGGCGCGCGCGGUCGCUGCGGCGGUCGGCCCGCGGCGGCCCGCCCGAUUGCUCGCACAUCCACAACGUGACGUUUGGCGACACCGACUCGGACUCGGACUCGGAGGGGCUGCACACGCUGGCGGCCAUCAACAACGGCUCAGACAACCGUCUUGCCGUCCGCGGCGCCGCCGUUGACUCUGCCGACGCCGCCCCGUCGUACGUCUCGCUCUCGCGAUUGUACGCCAACCUCCAGGCCGCGCCCGGUACCGCGGCCUACCCACCGCGGGCCCGUCCCACACAUUCUGCGCCGCGGGCGCCCUCGACCUUUGCUCGACUCUCCGGCGCAUCGCCCACACGCGCCCCGAGCACAGUCCCGCAGCUGCCGCGCACCACCCGCAUCCACGCCAACAACCCGCGCCACUCUGGCGGGCAAGACGACGACAUCAGCGGCAGUAGGCGCAAUGCCCGCCUCAAGAUUCAUCACCGUGAAGCCAGUCUGCGUGCCCGUUGGUGAUAAACUGAUGACAAUACCCCCAAA